CAGUGCUGGGACUCGAGAGCGGCGAGGAGCGAGUUGGUUGCGAAGACGGCGCGGCGCGCUUAGCUGAGAGGCUGCCGGGCUGGAGCGGCGCAACAGGAAGCGCCGGCUGAGUGGAGUUGCCCGGCCGCCGGCGGGACUGCUGGGCGGCGCGAGGAGUAAACGGAGAGGGUCUUGCAGCCCCCUCUGCGAAAGGCGGGCGCCGUCCAAAAGGGGCCACGGAGGCGGCUGUGGCGCCUCUUCUAGCCUCUCCCCCGAGCUGGGAGGGCCGGAGAGAGCUCUUUCUACGAGGAAAGGAAAUAUGGGGAAAGUUGAAACUUGCCUCCUGACUUUGGCUGGACUUUUUCUGGCAACGAGAGCAGAGACGGUCACAGGUGGCUGUUCAUUUGAUGAACCAUUUACAUCAUGUGGAUAUAGUCAGUCUGAUGCUGAUGAUUUUAACUGGGAUCAAGUGAACACAUUCACAAAGCCCACAACAGAUCCAUGGAUGCCCACAGGAUCUUUCAUGUUGGUGAACACUACUGAAAGAAUUGGCCAAAAAGCCCACCUUUUGCUACCACAACUAAAGGAAAAUGACACACAUUGCAUCGAUUUCAAUUUUUUUGUUUCCAGCAAGAGUGGUUCCAGUCCUGGAAUUUUGAAUGUUUAUGUGAAAGUUAAUAACGGUGAGCUUGGAAAUCCAGUUUGGAAUGUCUCAGAUGCUCCUAUUGGUAUUUGGAAUAGAGUGGAAUUGGCUGUCAGCACCUUUUGGCCAAACUUUUACCAGGUAGUUUUUGAAGUUAUCACUUCAGGUUACCAAGGAUAUCUGGCUAUUGAUGAUGUGAAGGUUUUAGGUCAUCCAUGUACCAGCACACCCCAUUUCCUGCGCCUCCAGAGUGUAGAAGUCAAUGCUGGCCAGUUUGCUACUUUUCAUUGCACUGCCAAUGGUAGGACUGUUCAAGGAAACAAGCUUUGGCUACAGGGAUUGCUUGUACGGGAUGCACCUUUGAAGGACAUGAAAAUUUUUAAUGAUCGUCGAUUUGUAGCUUCUUUUAGUGUGGUGAAUGCUACUAAACGGGAUGCUGGCAAUUACCGCUGCAUGAUUCGCACAGAAGGAGGAAUUGGAGUAUCAAAUUAUGCAGAACUGAUCAUUAAAGAGCCUCCAGUUCCCAUUGCACCUCCUCAACUGUCAUCAGUUGGUGCAACCUAUUUAUGGAUACAGUUGAAUGCCAAUUCUAUUAAUGGAGAUGGACCUAUCAUUGUGAGACAAAUAGAAUAUCGCACCUCAAGUGGAAGCUGGUAUGAUAUACAACCAGUGGAUUCAACAAAGUAUAAAAUUGGACACCUGGAUCCUGACACAGAAUACGAAAUUAGUGUAUUGCUCACUAGACCAGGUGAAGGGGGUACUGGAUCUCCUGGACCAGCACUUAAAACAAGGACAAAAUGUGCCGAUCCCGUGCAUGGUCCAAGAAAGCUUGAAGUUGUAGAGAUCAAAUCCUGGCAAAUUACCAUUACCUGGGAGCCAUUUGGCUACAAUGUGACGCGUUGCCAUAAAUAUAACCUUACAGUCCAUUACCGUUAUCAAACUGGUGGACAGGAGCAAGUUAGAGAAGAAGUGAGCUGGGAUACUGACAAUUCACACCCUCAGCACACCAUUACUAAUUUGUCCCCCUACACUAAUGUCAGUGUCAAACUUAUUCUUAUGAAUCCUGAAGGAAGAAAAGAAAGUCAAGAAAUUGUGGUACAAACUGAUGAAGAUGUUCCAAGUGCUGUUCCACUUGAAUCUAUCCAGGGAAAUACUUUUGAGGAGAAGAUUUUUCUUCAGUGGAAGGAGCCAGUACAAACAUAUGGAGUGAUCACUUUAUAUGAAAUCACAUACAAGGCUGUCAGCUCCUUUGACCCAGAAAUAGAUUUAUCAAACCAAAGUGGACGGGUUCUAAAGCACGGGAAUGAAACACAUUAUUUGUUUUUUGGACUGCAUCCUGGAACUACUUAUUCUUUCACUAUCCGGGCUAGUACAGCCAAAGGCUUUGGACCACCUGUAACAAGUCAAUUUACCACAAAGAUAUCAGCACCUUCUAUGCCACCCUAUGAGUUGGAAACACCUUCAAAUCAAACGGACAGUACCGUGACCGUUCUGUUGAAGCCUGCACAAAGCAGAGGUGCACCAGUCAGUGUCUACCAAAUAGUUGUUGAGGAGGAACGCCCUCGCAGAACCAAGAAAACCACAGAAAUCCUGAAAUGCUACCCCGUGCCAAUUCACUUCCAGAACGCUUCAAUUCUGAAUUCCCAGUAUUAUUUUGCAGCUGAGUUUCCAGCCCACAGCAUUCAAAUGGCUCAACCUUUUACUAUUGGUGACAACAAAACCUACAGUGGCUUUUGGAAUACUCCUCUUCUUCCUCAUAAAAGUUACAGCAUUUAUUUUCAAGCUGCCAGCAGAGCAAAUGGGGAAACAAAAAUUGACUGCGUCAGAGUGGCUACUAAAGCUGCGAUAAUCGUGACUCAGCUUACAACACCAUACAUUCGCAUCGCCCCUGCUGCAGGUGACGAUCAACUAACAGGUGCUGCCACUAGGAAACCAGAUCCUGAACAAGAGAAGCAAACAGAUCAUACUGUUAAAAUUGCUGGCAUCAUUGCAGGAAUCUUGCUGUUUGUCAUUAUAUUUCUUGGAGUUGUAUUAGUUAUGAAGAAAAGAAGAAGCUAUCACUCCUACACUUAUUACCUAAAACUGGCCAAAAAGCGAAAGGAGACAUUGAGUAACACACGACAGGAAAUGACAGUGAUGGUGAACUCAAUGGAUAAAAGCUAUGCUGAACAAGGUACCAACUGUGAUGAAGCUUUCUCUUUCAUGGAUACACACAAUCUAAAUGGGAGAUCUGUAUCAUCACCCUCUUCAUUUACAAUGAAAACGAACACCCUGAGUACAACUGUUCCCAAUUCAUAUUAUCCAGAUCCAUUUGUGCCAACUGCAAUUUUAGAUGAAACUCAUACAGUCGGAAGUGACACAAGUAGCCUGGUCCAGUCACAUACCUACAAAAAGCGAGACCCUGUAGAUGUGCCAUAUCAGACAGGACAGCUUCAUCCAGCCAUUCGUGUUGCAGAUUUAUUGCAACAUAUCACUCAGAUGAAAUGUGCAGAAGGUUAUGGAUUCAAAGAAGAAUAUGAGAGUUUCUUUGAAGGACAGUCUGCACCAUGGGACUCAGCUAAAAAAGAUGAGAACCGCAUGAAGAAUAGAUAUGGGAAUAUCAUUGCAUAUGAUCAUUCUCGAGUGAGACUGCAGCCUGUUGAAGGGGAAUUAAACUCAGACUAUAUCAAUGGAAAUUAUAUUGAUGGCUAUCAUCGACCAAAUCACUAUAUUGCUACUCAAGGACCAAUGCAAGAGACUAUAUAUGAUUUCUGGAGAAUGGUCUGGCAUGAAAACACAGCAAGUAUAGUCAUGGUGACAAAUCUGGUGGAAGUUGGAAGGGUCAAGUGCUGUAAAUACUGGCCAGAUGACACUGAGAUAUAUAAAGACAUUAAAGUUACCUUAAUAGAGACAGAGCUUCUCGCUGAAUAUGUGAUUCGAACAUUUGCAGUAGAAAAGAGAGGCGCCCAUGAGAUCAGAGAAAUCAGACAGUUCCACUUCACUGGCUGGCCAGAUCAUGGUGUACCAUACCAUGCUACAGGUCUUCUCGGAUUCGUCCGGCAGGUCAAAUCAAAAAGCCCACCUAAUGCCGGCCCAUUAGUUGUACACUGCAGUGCAGGUGCUGGCAGAACUGGAUGUUUUAUUGUCAUUGACAUUAUGUUAGACAUGGCAGAAAGAGAAGGAGUUGUAGAUAUAUUCAACUGUGUCAGAGAACUUCGAUCUCGAAGAGUUAACAUGGUGCAAACAGAGGAACAAUAUGUAUUCAUACAUGAUGCAAUACUGGAAGCCUGUCUAUGUGGAGAUACCUCGGUUCUAGCUUCACAAGUUAGAUCAGUCUAUUAUGAAAUGAAUAAACUUGAUCCUCAAACCAAUUCGAGCCAGAUCAAAGAAGAAUUUAGGACUCUAAACAUGGUGACCCCAACCCUUCGGGUAGAAGAUUGCAGCAUAGCACUUUUACCCCGGAAUCAUGAGAAGAAUCGGUGUAUGGAUGUUCUUCCUCCAGACAGAUGUUUGCCUUUCCUUAUCACAAUAGAUGGAGAAAGCAGUAAUUACAUUAAUGCUGCACUGAUGGAUAGUUAUAAACAGCCUUCAGCUUUUAUAGUCACUCAGCAUCCUUUACCAAAUACUGUCAAAGAUUUCUGGAGACUGGUUCUUGACUACCAUUGCACAUCAAUAGUGAUGCUGAAUGAUGUGGAUCCAGCACAAUUAUGUCCACAAUAUUGGCCUGAAAAUGGUGUUCAUCGACAUGGUCCUAUUCAAGUAGAGUUUGUUUCUGCUGAUUUAGAAGAAGAUAUAAUCAGUCGAAUAUUCCGAAUUUAUAAUGCAUCAAGACCCCAGGAUGGCUACCGAAUGGUACAGCAAUUUCAGUUCCUGGGAUGGCCUAUGUACAGAGACACACCCGUAUCUAAACGGUCUUUUUUGAAACUCAUACGCCAAGUGGACAAGUGGCAGGAAGAAUACAAUGGAGGAGAAGGCCGUACAGUUGUCCAUUGCUUAAAUGGUGGUGGCCGCAGUGGGACAUUUUGUGCAAUCAGUAUUGUUUGUGAAAUGCUACAACACCAGAGGGCUGUUGAUGUAUUCCAUGCUGUGAAGACUCUGAGGAAUAAUAAGCCAAAUAUGGUGGACCUUCUGGAUCAGUAUAAAUUCUGCUAUGAAGUGGCUUUGGAGUACUUGAAUUCUGGCUGAUACUGCAAGUAACAUUGGGGGAGGCAAAAUGUUUCACUAGCACAGUCCAAGCGAGUUGCUUCAUGAUAUCUGUGUGUAUGAGAUGAGAACUUCUCAGUGUUACACUUUAAUUGCUUUGUAUUGGCUCUUUUUAAGAGCCCAAGAGAGUCUUUCCAAAAAUGCUUGCACUGCCCAUUUCCUACAGUAUGGCUGUUGCUUGAGUCACAGUCCCACACCAACACACUCUGGGACUGGACACCACUAUCAUGCAAACCCAUCGAAGAGCCUACUAUACCUGCCUAGUCAUCUGAUCAAUCCAAGAGCACAAUUCUAUUCUUAAUGACAAUGUUUGUACCUUUCUGUUGUACUAUUUUUUUUUUGUUGCCAGUGAUCCUUGUUAUUGUUAAAGACUAGUGUACAUUUUGUUCUGUGGAGAAUGCUGCCUAGCAUUUUGAUACUGUAUUUUAGUUAUAUUUGUAUUGUAUUUGUUCCUAAUAAACAAAGCACUCGUAGCUUGAAUUGAACUAAAAGCUACAUCCACAGACCACAUUAAUCUUGCUGACUUCAAUUUUCUGUCCAACUUGUAUUGUUUCAGAAGAAAUGAUUUGAUAUACAUCCAUUAAAAAAAUGGAAAAAAUACAGGAGGAUCAGAUUACUAUAUCCAAAGCUUUUCCCGUUUGUUUAUAUUGUAAAUAUUUUUUAUUUCAUCAAAUUAUUUAUUCAUUAAAAAGAAAUCUUUUGUGAAGCA